AUGCCAGGCUCGAGUAUCUCCCAAGUCCGCUUUUCGUUCGAAAUCCACCCAGAAUCCCAUCAAAUCAUGUUCUGGGACCGGUCCCGACUUCACACCACGAGAAUAGACCCAGAUAAGUUCAGGGAAGAUGGGAAUUUCCGCAAGAUCGUCUUGAACACGAAGAAAUCCGACUACACAAUCAGCGCUGGCGGCGAGAAACUGGACCAGUUUGUCUUUCACGUGAAAUGGGUCACGAAAAAGGACAUGCUGGUACAAGAGCAGGAAAACAAGUCUCAGAUGGUGGAUGCGCGGAUAUGCAAUUCUCGUUGGGCUCCAACUGUCGAGGACGUUCCGAUGGAUCUCACCUCUUGGUACAACACACGACUUCACACGCCUGCCAUUGGGGCUGUCCAGCGAGCGAUCAUCGUUGAAGAUCUAGGUGGUGGAGCGUUUGGUCAAGUAUAUAGAGCUGUUGAUGCCGAUUCGGGAUGUUCAAUCGCAGCCAAGAGAAUCAAAGUGCCUGGGAGGGACGACGUGUUGCAGCGUGAAGUCAAAGCCCUCUCCAGCAUUUCUCACAAGAACAUUGUCGAAUACUUGGGCUCGUCGGGUUGGGGCACCGAAACCGUCGAGAUUUACCUGAGCCUCAAAUCCGGAAGCUUGGGCGAUUUGAUCGAGCAAUUUCCAGGCAUACAUACCAACAAAGUCGUCGUCUGGCGGUUGUGGCAUGAAAUGCUCCAAGCGCUAGAUUAUCUUGCCUGCCGAAACUGGAUCCACCGGGAUGUGAAGCCCGCAAACAUCCUCUACACCCCAACAGGCGACAACAAUUACCUUUUCCAACUCGCUGAUUUUGGCCUUGCCAGUCAACAACAGCUCGCAAGGACACUCUGCGGCUCUCCUCUCUACAUGGCACCCGAGAUAAGGUUCGAAACGCACGAGCAGUCUCCCAAAGCGGACGUCUGGUCCCUCUUUGUCGUGCUCAGUAUUGUGACACAAUCAGGAAAUCUUCACGACCCAAGGCUAGCUCAGUACAAGGACGUUCUUCAAGGCGUCAAGGAUGCGGCUAUUCACAUGCCGAUCCUCGAGCCUAUGGCACGACAAGAUCCCGAUCUACGGGCUUCGGCAGCUCAAAUGCUUGCCAUGUGUUUCAACGGCGAAGGACUGACCACACCUCGACGUCAGAUUAGCCCAGUGCCGGAUGCUUCUUCUCAGCCUUCAGGACAACGCGAUAGGUUGCAAGUUCCAGCGCCGAAAGGCCCCAAGCCUGAGGUCCCUGGCCUGAAGCGACUUCGCAGUGUGUCACCCAAACCUGCAGCGAAAGCCCCUCAACAACCAAAGCACUGCUUCCAAACGGAAGAACGACGACCAUGGGCACGUCGGUGA